AUGACGCAUCAAUUUAUAAGGGUAAUCCAGGACUUUGUGAGUCACCCUUACCAACUAUAUGCAGCUCAGACUCACAGCCUAUGGAGAAAAAGUAGGCGACUUGCUCAAGAUGUUUGUGGGAGUUUGGUGAUUAAGAAGUUGUGGAGAGAGGCCUAUUUCCAGUUCUUGAACCAAGUAAAAGAUAGGCUUCUCCUUGUCAUUGCAAUCAAAGUGGCCCAUUUGCAAAGGAUGAAGGAGGUGGAGAAGGAGAGAGACGCUCUUCUUACUUUCAAACAAGGUCUUAUAGAUCCUUCAAAUGGUCUUUCUUCAUGGAAUGGCCACAACUGUUGCAACUGGUUUGGUGUAAGCUGUAGCAAUCAGACAGGGCAUGUCACAAAACUUGAUCUUCACGCCCGAAGUUCAUGUAACCAGCUGAUGAACAACACCACAUUUCCAUGUAAGAUGAUGUUAGGCGGUAAGUUGAGUUCUUCUAUACUUGAGCUGAAAUAUUUGAGUUACUUGGAUCUGAGCCUAAAUGAUUUUAAUGAUACUCACAUCCCACACUUCGUGGGUUCUCUGAGGAAUCUGAGAUAUCUAGAUCUCUCAAAAUCAUCAUUUUCCGGAAUGGUUCCUCCUAAUCUUGGCAACCUAUCACAGUUGCAAUAUCUUGAUCUUGGUUAUUUUGUAGGUGGUCUUUGGGUAUCAGACUUACAUUGGCUUCCUAAGCUUUCUUCUUUGCAAUAUCUAAAUUUAGGUAGGGUGAACCUAAGCAAAGCAACAACUUAUUGGGUGCAAACUGUGAAUAUGCUUCCCUCACUGUUAGAGUUGCACUUAUCCUCAUGUGAACUCCAUAGCUUUCCUCACUCUCCUCCAUCUGUAAAUUUUACUUCACUCUCAGUUCUUGAUCUCGGUUCUAAUCAUUUCGACUCUUCUUCAAUUCUUUCAUGGUGUUUUAAUAUCACUACUCUUACACAACUUCACUUUCCCGGAUCUGAUCUUAGAGGCCUCAUUCCUGAGAUUCAAAGGGGAUCUUUUUGCAAUUUGCAUACUUUUAAUCUAGCACAAAAUUACCGUCUUAAAGGAGAUGUAAAAAGAGUUGUGGAUGCUCUAUCAGGAUGUGGUAAUGCUACCUUGGAGUCUUUGAACUUGCGCUUUUGCCAACUUAGUGAGAAUCUGCCAAAUUCUCUAGGAUACCUAAAAAAUUUGGGAUACCUUGAUCUUUCUUCAAACUUAAUUUUAGGUCCGAUUCCACAAUCCUUGGGAAAUUUGUCUCGUUUGCAAGCUCUGUACCUCUCCAACAACUCUAUGCUUAGCGGGACCACCCCCGAGAGUAUAGGACAACUUGUUGAGCUACAAAUAUUAGACCUUUCUUUAAAUUCUUGGGAUGGCAUUAUAACUGAAGUUCAUUUCCUGAACCUUACAAAUCUACUACAUCUUUCCUUAUCAUCUACCAAAAAUCUUGUUUUGAAAGUCCCGAAUGACUGGAUUCCUCCUUUUAAUCUAGUACUAAUCAAGAUCAUUGGUUGCCAAUUAGGUCCAGCAUUCCCUGCCUGGCUCAAAACUCAAACCAAUCUUGCAAUUAUAACGCUUUCUAAUACUUCAAUUUCAGGUAUAUUACCUGACUGGGUUUGGAAAUUCCCUUCAUGGAUGCCGAUGCUCUCUACAUUAGAUCUUUCUGACAACCACUUAAAAGGAGGCCUUUCCAGGUCAUUACCUUUUGGCUCGUUAUGCCUAAACUCGGUGGAUUUGAGCUUUAAUCAGUUUGAAGGGUCAGUUCCACUCUGGCCUGGUGUUAAAAAGCCUGUUUUUAAGGAACAAUAA